AUGAGAAUUUGGAUAUACCUAUGAUUAAUUUAAGGAAAAACAUGUUUGCAAAUUAUAUGAAAAAUGCAUUUCUUAGUUGUAUAGAAAAUAUAUUCAUGAAAAAUAUGUUUACAGAAAAUAUGUUCAUGAAUAAUACAUUCACGGAAAAUACAUUCACAGAAAAUAUAGAGAAUACGUUCACAAAUCCUAUAGGGAAUAUAUUUGUGAAUUCUAUGAAAAACAUGUUUAUGAGUUUUAUAAAAAAUAUACUUACAAAUCAUACAUGUGUGAUACUUACUAAUCAUAUAUGUGAGACACUUACAAAUCAUAUGUGGGAUGCACUUGCAAGUAAUUCAAGAGAUAUAUUUACAAAUUAUGCAAACGAUAUAUUUACGAAUGAUAUAACACAAAUAAAUGCUCUUAAUACUAUAGUUGGUAAUAAUAAUACUGGGGUGAGUUAA